AUGCGGCAAGAGUCUAAACAAAGAAGAAUGAACAUGGAUUUUUCCCAAUUACAUACAUACACGCCGCCGCUGUGCGCUCCGGACAACACCGGCUAUACGUAUGCCCUGAGCUCCAGCUACUCAACGACAGCCCUAGAGUUUGAGAAAGAGCACCAGAUUGCUCCUGUGUACGAGUCCCCCAAGAUGUCUCGCAGGAGCCUGCGCCUGAAGAACAGUGCGGAGCAGCUGGGCAACAGCGAUGUGGUGGACUAUUCAUACAGCCAGAGCAGCAGCAGCUACAGCAGCAGCUCCAGGAAAGACACGCGAACCUCUCGAAGCAGAAAGCAGCAGUCUGCUUCCCGGUCAUUAUCCUUGAGUCAGGUUUCAACACCGAGAGUCGCCUUGUCAUUUUCAGCUUCCUCUGUUUUGGAUCAGUCUCAACUCAGACAGCGCAGUAUCAAAACUACCACCUCCACGGUGCAUGAGCACAGAGAAAGAGCCUCUGACCACACUAUCAGUGUCAAUGGCGGCUGCAGUGCCAAUUCCUCAAAAUCUCAUACAGCCGUUGCUAAUGGUUUCUUGUGUAAGGACUGUGUGCACCACCAGAGAAGUGGUGUACUCGCAACACAAACAUCUUCCUCCUCCUCUUAUCUACAAGAAGCCUCCACAGAUGUGCUCUCCUCCUCAUCCUCACCUCUCACCAGUAUAUACUACAGAGACAGAAGUCGGAGAAACAAAACUGGUGUUCUGCGGUCUGUAUCUAACACGUGUAUGAGCUACAGCAGACAAACCUUGGCGUCUGUCGUGUCUUUAGUUACACUAUUCUACAGCAGUCUUCUCUGGGUUGGAUCCCAAGCAAAGAGUCUGUCUGGAAAAGGGGCUUCGUCAUUUUCAAGCUCAGUAGGGAACGCUCUGUCAUCCAGUAUGUCCCAACUGCGGUUGUUAAAACAGUGCACUCUCCAUAGACUGAUGGGCAACUACAGGACAACGCAGAACCAUCAAGCACACUCAAGCUUUUGUGGCAGCUUGAAUGUGAAGGAUCUGGCAGCUGAAGAUGCAUCACACCUCAAGUUUAAUGGGUCUUUAUGUGAUGACUGUAAAGGAAAGCAGUAUUCAGAAACUCAUACCGUCCUGCUCUCACAAAGCUCCAGGCGCAGUAGUCUGCUGGGGGCAUUCUGGAGUGUACUCUCUUUCGCAGGCUCCUGCCUCAGUCAGCCUGGAUACUUUAUAGUAACUGCAACUAAAGCUUUAGCCUCAGGGGCUGGAACUGUAAUUCACAAGACGGCUUCUGUGUUGUGGCUCCUGCUGGCUGCUCCAGUAAAUGCAGGAAAAGGGCUUUUGUGGUUUCUUGCCUGUGGAUGGUAUCGCUUGGUUCAUCUAAUGUCUCUUCUGAAUGUGUUUUUUCUCACAAGCCUUCCUAAGCUCUGGAAGCUUCUUUUGCUGCUGUUAUUACUGUUUUUACUUCUCCUUGCCCUUUUCUUGUGGGGUCCGUCCACUGCAGCUCUCCUCGCCUACCUCCCAGCACUAAACCUCACAGAGUGGCGUCCAGCGUCUCCUUUAACUUUGCUGUCCAACAUGCGAAUGAACCAGAAGUCUGUGUCUGUCUCUGCUCCAGCCCCUGAGGCUCCAGUGGAAUACACCCCAGCCACUCCAGUGACACAGGCAACGGUGGUGCUUCCUCCAGCGGUCCUCUCUGCUGUGGAUUUGUCCCGUUUGGAGAAGGUGGAGCAGCAGCUGGCCCUGCUGUGGGAGCAGGUGAAGCAGGGUGACGUGAGGCAGGAGCAGCGGCACAGGGACAUUCUGGUUCUGUACAACAGCCUGAAGGAGCAGCUCCACACAGAGACCGACAGAGAGAGACUGGGACUGUGGGUGUCCUCAGUCCUGGAACAAAGGCUCGGAGUGCUGCAGGGAGAGCUGGACAAUGAUGGGGCACAGCGGGCAGAGAUGGCAGAACAGCAGAAGCAACAGCAGGAGAGUCAGGGAGUGCAACUGGCAGAGCUGGAACUGCUGCUUAAAGCUUUGGCUGCCAGAACUGAGGAGGUGCAACAAAAGCAGCUGCACUUUGAGUCCAGGAGCGAGGAAAGUGAAAAACAGGCUGUAGAUGCAGCCCCUGUCAGUGUGGGCGUGCAGCAGGAGGACCAUGACGCUCUCCUGGCUGAAGUGAAGAGGCUGGAGUCUGAACUGGGAAAAAUCCGAGCCGAUCUGCAAGGUGUGAUUGGAUGCAAGGGGAAGUGUGAGCAGCUGGACUCCUUACAAGAGACUCUUUCGGCUCAGGUCUCCUCUCAGAUCUCUUCCGAGGUGUCUGCUCAAGUGCGGAGAGAACUGCAGGCCCUUUUCUAUGGCAGCAGUAACAAGGGAGAGGUCCCCGAGUCACUGCUCCUCUGGCUGUCGCAGCACUACACCAGCACCCCAGACCUGAGGGCCGCUCUGGCAGAACUCGAACUCAACAUCCUCCGAAAUGUGUCGCUGCAGCUGGAGCUCAGCAAGGCUCAGACCAUGGGAGAGGUCCAGUCCCACACUCAGAGCAUCGUUCAGACCGUUUCAGGCACCGUCCACCACGCUGCCUCUGCUGAAGGGCUCUCUGAAGAGAAUGUUAAAGUGAUUGUUCAGAAUGCUUUGAAGCUCUUUUCUCAAGAUCGAACAGGCCUGGUGGACUUUGCCCUGGAAUCUGGAGGUGGCAGUAUCCUGAGCACCCGCUGCUCUGAGACCUAUGAGACCAAGACUGCCCUCAUGAGCUUGUUCGGUCUGCCUCUGUGGUACUUCUCCCAGUCUCCUCGCGUCGUCAUCCAGCCUGACGUGUACCCAGGGAAUUGCUGGGCAUUUAAAGGGUCUCAGGGCUACCUGGUGAUCCGUUUGUCUAUGAGAGUCCGGCCCACGUCUUUCUGUGUGGAGCACAUUCCGAAGACGCUAUCUCCAACUGGAAACAUCACCAGCGCUCCACGGAACUUCACUGUCUUUGGGUUGGACGAUGAGUAUCAAGAAGAAGGAACACUUCUGGGAAACUACAUUUACCAAGAAGAUGGAGACUCUCUGCAAACCUUUCCAGUCCAGGAGCCCAAUGAAAAGGCGUUCCAGAUCAUUGAGGUGCGUGUGCUGUCAAACUGGGGUCACCCAGAAUACACCUGCCUCUACCGGAUAAGAGUUCACGGAGAACCUCAGCCACAAUGA